AUGGUGGUCUUGUCACGAUUAGCCAACCCUCUCAGACUCUCCCCGAAGAUCCGACCGAUUUUUAUCAUCCAAAACAAUUUUGCCACAUCUUCACCUCUUAAUGUAAAAAUUUACGCCAGUGCUAAGGAAGCUGUUCAGGAUAUUCCGGACAACUCGAAACUGCUUGUUGGAGGAUUUGGAUUGUGUGGAAUUCCUGAGAAUUUGAUUAACGCUCUAAGCGGAACGGGUCAGAAAGGAUUAACCUGCGUCUCAAAUAAUGCUGGAGUGGACGAUUGGGGUCUCGGGAUCUUGUUAAAAACUCGACAGAUUAAGAAAAUGAUUUCUUCAUACGUAGGCGAGAACGCAGAGUUCGCACGACAAUAUCUUUCCGGAGAGCUUGAACUCGAAUUCACUCCUCAGGGAACUUUGGCUGAAAGGAUUCGAGCGGCUGGAGCCGGUAUACCAGCUUUUUACACGCCGACUGGUUACGGGACAUUAAUCCAGGAAGGCGGUGCCCCAAUUAAGUACAGCAAAACAGAGAAGGGAAAGAUUGAGAUCGAAAGUAAAGCCAAAGAGACUCGCGUUUUCAAUGGGAAUAAUUAUGUUAUGGAGGAAGCCAUCUGGGGAGACUACGCUCUCAUAAAAGCUUGGCGAGCAGACAAACUCGGAAACAUCCAGUUUAGGUUAACAGCCGGAAACUUCAACAACGCUAUGUGCAAAGCAAGUAAAUGCACCAUCGUUGAGGUGGAGGAGAUCGUGGAACCCGGCGUCAUUGAUCCCAUCGAUGUUCAUAUUCCCUCCAUAUAUUGCGACCGAAUUGUUUUAGGAAAAGGCUAUAAGAAGCCUAUUGAAAGGCCUAUGUUCGCUUCGGAAGGACCUGUGAAACCAGCUACGUCGGCUGCUGGAAGAAGUCGUGAAAUUAUCGCUGCACGAGCAGCGCUCGAAUUCCGCGAUGGAAUGUACGUUAAUUUGGGCAUCGGUAUCCCUACUCUCUGUCCAAACUACAUCCCUGAUGGAAUUAAAGUUCAUCUUCAAAGCGAGAAUGGUGUAAUAGGCGUGGGUCCUUAUCCUCGAAAGGGAAAAGAAGACCCAGAUCUCAUUAACGCUGGCAAGGAAACGAUCACCCUGCUUAAAGGAGCUUCCAUAUUUGGUAGCGACGAGUCUUUCGCAAUGAUUCGAGGAUCCCAUAUGGAUAUUACAGUUCUUGGCGCACUUCAAGUUUCACAAUUCGGCGAUUUAGCUAACUGGAUGAUUCCAGGUAAACUAGUAAAAGGAAUGGGCGGAGCGAUGGAUUUGGUCUCAGCUCCUGGAGCUCGAGUAAUUGUUACGAUGGAACAUUGUUCGAAGAACGGUGAAUCGAAAAUUUUGCCGAUUUGCGACUUACCACUUACUGGAAAGCAUGUUACGUCCAGAAUUAUCACCGAUAUGGCUGUAUUUGAUGUUGACAAACAAACGGGACUUACGUUAAUUGAAGUGCGAUCUGAUCUCAGUGUAGAGGAUAUCAAGAAAGUAACUGGAGCUCCUUUCAAGGUCUCUGAAAAUUUGAAACCAAUGGGCCAAGCGAAACUGAAUCAACACUGA